CUUCUGCAUCUCCUUGCAAACAUAGGAAAAGGAAGCUUUGCCUACAUUUCGGACCUCAAUAAUGCCUGCAACGUUUUCAGCAGUGCAGUAUCUAACGUUAUGUCAUCAUUUGCUACUAACACUGAACUCUCGAUGGUUCUGCCGCCCGGCUGCGCUGUCCUACGCUGCCCCACAGACCUCCUGGGAACGAAUGGAGAGGAUACGAUAGCCUCCUACAAUACGAGUACGACCCUACACCUCGGGAGUCUACAGUAUGGACAAUCGCGAGACUUCAUCUUCCGAUAUGCGCAGCGUCCUACUCAAGGUUCCAUUCAGAUCAAGUUACGCUACACGUCUUGUUUAUCCCACAACGGAUCUCCUCAAGAGCUCAUCGUUACAUACGACCUCUCAAAAUUAGAACCUGCCACCGAGACAGAGGAAUACUACCAUGAUUACCGGGGGCGGUUGUGCGCCCUAAUCCAAGACAUUUGUCGUCCCAGUGCGAGUCCGUGGCAUGUCGAGGAGGAGAUGUUACACCUAGUCGAUAUUCGGAAGAGACGAGCUCAACUCGCGCGCCUCAUUGAAUCUCGCAAUCAUUCUGAUCCUGACAAUCAAAGCAUUUUACUCGAUGUCAAAGACGGAAGUCAGCUCUGGGAAGCCAUCGAAACAUCCAUUAACGUAGCCACUGAAAGAGGCAUCGAACAAGAGCUAGAGUACAAACGCUGGGGCGCGCACUUUAUGCGAUCUAUGCUCUUCGCACACGCCAUGCAACGCCGAAACACGUUCAAAGAUGCAGGCCCCCUACGCUAUGGAAUCAGAUCGCCGCUGUUCCUGGACUGUAAGCAAGAAUUUGAUACGUUUUAUGGAAGGUAUAAGGGGCCAGGGAAACUCAAGUUCAUGUCCGAGUUGAAUCAGCUGGAUAGGUCUUGCUGGGCUGGGCAAUGUACGAUCGAGACCGAGAAAAGAGGCGCCAUUCCUACUUCUUCGCUUGAAGUUGGUGACCGCGUACGCACGCAAGCUGGCUUCCGUGAGGUCAAGGGUAUUGUCCCCACUCCUGUUGAGAAGAUAAAGAUCCGCAGAUACCGGAAUUCUGGCCUACUUAUCACUCCUUGGCAUCCUAUUGCAUACUUUGGCGAGCAAAGCCAGAGCAAGUGGAUAUUUCCACAUGAAGACUCCGGGUGCGAGAUUGAUGCGUAUACGGGCGUGAUCUACUCCCUUCUACUGGAGGAGGACGGUGAGCCAAGCGCUCACAAUGCACUUGUCCAAGGUAUGUGGUGCGUGACUCUUGGUCACGGUGUCAUAAAGGAUGAGGCCGAUGUUCGAGCACAUAAGUACUGGGGCAGUUAUGGCGAGAUCUUGCGCACCAAAUGCCAUCAUCUACUCACGAGCGAUGGAACAACAAUCAUGAAUCCACAGGUCUCGAGCAACGCAUCUGGAACGUGCUGACGGCGGAGCUUCGUGUGCGAUGAGCGUAGCAGUACGCCGACCUAGACUGAAGAAGACCAAGGUUAGGGGUAAUUGAUGAUAUUUUUUAUAUGGCGUUAACAACUAGAGCUUAUAGACAUAGAUAGGGGAAAUGGCGUCUUGAUAGCCUUAUAAGUAUGGAAGAUUAGAAUUCCAAUGAUCUAUACCGCAUUCUCUU